GUAGGUUUUUUAUGGCAGUGGGGAAAUGACACGAGUGAGCGACAGGAGCCGCCUACCGUGAAUCGGGUGGACAAAAAAAACCUAUACAUGUCGCGGUAGACUUCGAAAUUGGUCAGGUUCCUUGAUGGAAGUGAGCUACCAUUACAGGACUAGUGUCACGGAUUGAAGUCCGCAGCGAGAUUCCUCCACACCACUACUGCCGGCUGGGUCUUAGGAUGGAGGAGGAGGAGGAGGAUGAUGAUGAUGAUGGUGCUGGAAGAAGGGUGCAGCAGCAGCAGCAGCAGCGUAUUAAAAAAUGCAAAACGGCCCUCUGAUUGGUCGCUCCGGCUGCAGGCUAAGCCCACUCCGUUUCAUCCCCAAAAGAAGAAGGCCAAGGGAGCCUAUGGGAGAGCUCGGCUGUCUCCUCCCACGACGUGCACGCCAAAGUUGCCCUCUUCAACUACUUCCACGGAGCCAGCAGACAUUACACUCACGCCAAAUGCACCAAGGGGAAAAUAGUAUCUGCGCAUUUUACCCAACUCCAGACUUUUAAGCACUACAGACUUUUCAUUAUAAAAUCAUUUUAUACCAUCAGUAAUCUAUUUUAAGAAGACCAUCACUUAUUUAUCUCCCCUUUCCUCUCUCUCGCAUGAGAAUUACCAGUUUUCUCCACCUGGGAUUGGAAUUUCGCUGCAUAUUUUUUUUUUCUUUUUUGUGUGCAUUUUUGGUUCCCAUAACAUUCCCUUCUCUUGUUUCAUUUUGGACUUUGUGAGAGAAACAGCAGCUGCAGCUCCAGAGUUCCCUUGUUUGUAGCGGUGGUGGUGCUGACCCAGUAGCUGCAGGAUGGCUACUUUGCCCGGAACAGUGCCUCGGAUGGUGCGCCCCACUCCGGGCCAGAACUACCCACGAACCGGCUUCCCUCUGGAAGUGUCCACCCCUCUGGGCCAGGGCCGUGUCAACCAGCUGGGCGGCGUGUUCAUCAACGGGAGGCCCCUACCCAACCACAUCCGACACAAGAUAGUGGAGAUGGCCCACCACGGCAUCCGGCCCUGCGUCAUCUCGCGGCAACUGCGGGUCUCUCACGGCUGCGUGUCGAAGAUCCUGUGCCGAUACCAGGAGACUGGUUCCAUCCGUCCCGGGGCCAUCGGAGGCAGCAAGCCCAGGCAGGUGGCCACUCCUGAUGUGGAGAAGAGGAUCGAGGAGUACAAGAGAGAGAACCCGGGUAUGUUCAGCUGGGAGAUCCGGGAUAAGCUGCUGAAGGACGGGGUGUGCGACAGAAGCACGGUUCCUUCAGGUGAGGCUUCAUCUGUGAGCUCCAUCAGCCGCGUUUUGAGGGCCCGAUUUGGCAAAAAAGAUGACGAGGAUGACUGUGAUAAGAAGGAUGAAGACGGAGAAAAGAAAACAAAGCAUAGCAUCGAUGGCAUCCUCGGUGAUAAAUGUAGCCGCACAGACGACGGUUCCGACGUGGAUUCGGAACCCGAUUUGCCGUUGAAGAGGAAGCAGAGGCGCAGUCGCACCACCUUCACCGCCGAGCAGCUGGAGGAGCUGGAGAAGGCUUUUGAGAGGACACAUUACCCGGACAUCUACACCCGGGAGGAGCUGGCUCAGAGGACCAAGCUGACCGAGGCCAGAGUGCAGGUGUGGUUCAGCAACAGAAGGGCCAGGUGGCGUAAACAAGCCGGAGCCAAUCAGCUGGCCGCCUUCAACCACCUGCUUCCUGGGGGGUUCCCACCUACAGGGAUGCCCACUUUACCCACAUACCAGCUCCCGGAGGCUAGCUACCCUAGCACCACGCUAUCACAAGAGGGCAGCAGUACCUUGCACAGACCACAGCCCCUGCCCCCGUCCUCCAUGCACCAGGGAGGUCUGAGCGCCGACAGCAGCUCGGCGUACGGCCUAUCGUCCAACCGCCACAGCUUCUCCAGUUACUCAGACUCCUUCAUGAGCCCCUCAGCGUCCAGCAACCACAUGAACGCGGUCGGCAACGGGCUCUCUCCCCAGGUGAUGAGUAUCCUGAGCAACCCCAGCGCCGUGCCCUCCCAGCCUCAGCACGACUUCUCCAUCUCGCCGCUACACGGCAGCCUGGAGAGCUCCAACCCCAUCUCGGCCAGCUGCAGCCAGCGCUCAGACCCCAUCAAGAGCGUGGAUAGCCUGGCUUCCUCGCAGUCCUACUGCCCCCCUACCUACAGCGCCACCAGCUACAGCGUGGACCCCGUCACUGCUGGAUACCAGUACAGCCAGUAUGGACAGACUGCCGUGGACUACCUGGCCAAGAACGUGAGUUUGUCCACCCAAAGGAGGAUGAAGCUUGGAGACCACUCGGCCGUGCUGGGACUGCUGCAGGUGGAGACGGGGCAGGCUUACUGAACCCCCCCCGCCCCCACCCUCGUUCACAAACACAUCCAAACUCCAUCAAGUGGGGACCCGCCCUCCACAAGUCCAGCAGAAGGAACGGGACGUGCCGUUGCUCUGCAAGAGGGGACGGGGCCACACUUUAAAUGGGUCCACAUAUUGGACCCCUGCCCCAGAGCCAUUGGCAACAAGUACUCAUGUGACCUUGAUGUUGAUAGUAGUUAACAAAUAUCAUUUCUUCUUUUUUUGAUAUGAUUGUUAAUAAUGAUAAUAUUCUUGUGCUUAUUAUUGCUAACGUUGUUUGACUCCACUGGUGUGUUCGUGAGGAGGAGCACAAUGAUUGUUUUCCAAGCUGCCCCCCCCCCGCAAUUCCCACCCCCUCACUUUUAGUGAGCGAUUUGACCUUCCCGCUUUCAUAUCCAUCUUGACAUUCCAAAAGAACUUGGCCACUCUGUGGGAAGUCUGGCUGGAGGGAUCCUGCAGGGAAUUUUAAGCAGUGUUUUGGCCGCCAAUAGCGCCCCCCCCCUCCGCCUCCACACCCGCCUCUAACCUCCACCCCAUCCUUAGCUGCGGUCCACAGGGAAGUGGGGGCUUUGUUGUAAAAACCGGAUUGGGGAAAUUAAUGUAUUUUGUUUAGAAAUAUGGAGGCCUAACUGCAUUACACCCCCCCCCCCCCCCCCUCUAAUUGCCCUCUGCUAGUGUGGAAAGCAGAUUAAAUCACAUACAUUCACAGUCAAACCCCUCCUCUUAUUAUUCCUACUUUCUCUUUACGGAGCACAUCUUGUACAAACGCACCUUCACUUCAAUCAUUCCUGACAAACAUUCCACCGUAAGCAGCAUUCCAACUCUUCUUCCUUGGAAAAAGGACACAAGUUGAGCCACUUACUUGACAAAAAUGACAAUAAAAAGUUGUUCAUGUUCAUGAAAAUUGUGGGAAAAAAAGUACAUGUAAAAAAAAAUAAAACUACAAGAAUCAAAGCAGAAUAAUAUAAUUUUUACGAGAACAUAUGGAGUCCUACAUUUCCAAAUAAAAAGUAGUAAUAUUACUAGAAUAAUUAUUACGAUGAAUAAAGUUGUCAUAUUUCGAGGAAAAACAAUUUCACAUGAAGUAAGUCAAUGUGAGUCCCGGUUCCCAUCCAUGCUCGAAACUCGAUGCCCAACACUACUUGGACGAAAAAUGACGAAAAGGACGAAAAAUGCUGUUAUUUACAUGAAGGAAGUUAUCACAUUCAGAGAAAAAAGACCUUAUUUUACAGUAAUAAAGUUGCCUCUUUACCAAAAUUGUAAAUUAACGUUAUAAUAGAAGCAUUCCAAAACAAUAUCUUUGACUCUAAAGCAUGAUAUGAAAAAGGACAAAAAAUGCUGUUAUUUACGUGAAUGAAGUUAUCACAUACAGAGAAAAAAUACCUUAUUUUACAGGAAUAAAGUUGCCUCUUUGCCAAAAUUGUAAAUUAACGUUAUAAUAGAAGCAUUCCAAAACAAUAUCUUUGACUCAGAAUGCAACCCGAGCCCCCAAUGACAUCGUCGUCAUCAACGAAAUGUACAAAACUAAAGAAUGGUGGAUACCAACCAUGUGUGCAGCACUCCUAGUUGACCUCCAACAUGAUCCAGGACCACUUUGUCAUUUUCUUUCUUUUCCUUUAAAAAGUGUACAGUCGUCAUUUGUUUAUAAAGAAAUAUGUUUUAUACUAAAACAAAACUGGCUGUCUGGCAACUUUCUGUUUUGUUUGACUUGUAUUUAAUUGCGUUGGAAGCCUGUGCAGGGAUGGAGAACAUGUCAGUGUUUUGGACUUAAUUCCCUAUCCAAUGGAAAAAGUGGACCAAAAGUGCUGCCAAUGGAUGACAGGACCACUGUAGUGUACAUUUUAUACCAUGGCGGAUGGAUCUCUUUUUCACCGCCUUGACCUCUCGGACUGAUCAAUGCAAGACAGACAGGACUGCACCUUCCCGGGACACGCCCCCUCCAACUGAUUUGUUGACGAGAUGAGAACUUUACUCCGCGCACUGAACUGCAGCUUCUCCUGUGAACUUGUGUACAGGUAUAUUUAAAAAAAAAAGAAGAAGAAAUUAGAAUUGUCUUUAGUGUAUCAAUGCCGUUUCUAACACUUCAAUAAACAUUUGGAUAUUUAAGGCGUCUUAUUCCCCCGUCGCCCUCUACCCGACCCUUAAUCUGUUUAGUUGCUUUCUGACAUCCUUGCUUUCUCUUCUGUUGGCAUGUGUGUAUAUGAUCAUACGUAUAAUUUAUUCUGCUGUAUCAAUAUUAGACUAGUGGCAAAACUUGUAUUGCUAUUUACUACCUUCAGCCUGUGGGUGUGUUUACUGUAACACUGGCGUAACUGUUAUCAAAUAAAGAUCAC